UAAUUAUAAAAUUAAUGAAUUUAAUUAAUUAUAAUUAUAAAAUUUAUAUAAUCUUUAAAAAAAAUAAUGACAAAUGAAAAUAAAAAAAUUAAUUUUUCGCAAAUCUUUGGCAUUAAAAAUGAGACAUUUGAAUAUGAAUUGUCAAUUGUUCCAGCAUGGGAAUUUGCUGGAACAGUUCCAGAAUUAGAAAAUAUGACUGAUGAGCAAAUAACAACUUUGGUGCAUUUAAAGAAAGGACUAGAGGAUGUUUUAAUUGAUCAUGUGUUCUUUGAUGUUGCUGCGCCUUUGUCAUUACUUUAUUUGGUGGUUUUGAUCUUAGGUGUUACAGGAAAUGUCAUUACGUGUGUAGUGAUAAUUAAAAGUCCAUCAUUACGAAAUGCGACGAAUUAUUAUCUUUUCAAUUUGGCUGUUUCUGAUUUAAUUCUCUUGAUUGUUGGUAUGAUUCUUGAUUUUAAAGUUUUAUGGAAAAAAUAUCCAUGGAUAUGGGGACUUGCACUUUGUAGAAUUCUUCAUUAUUUAUACAGCGUAGCCUAUCAUGUAUCAGUAUUGACAGUAUUAGCAUUUUCCUUCGAACGUUACCUGGCAAUUUGUCAUCCACUACGAUUAAAUAAUAUGAAAAAAUUAAAGAGACCUAUUGGCUUCAUACUCGUUUUAUGGAUAAUUGGAUCAAUCUUUUCAUCAAAUCAACUAUUUCGACGUUUAACGAAAACUGUCUUUCAAUUCUCUUCUGAUUUAAUCGUUGAUCCAGAAAAGCUCAUUGAUUGCGAGUUAACCUACAAUUUAAACUUACUUAUUCACAAUCAUUUGGAUUUUCUACUUUUCUUCGUCCUACCAAUGUUGGUGAUUAUUAUUUUGUACGUAAAAAUAGGAAAAAAAUUACGAGACAGUUGUCGAGUGAAGACAUUAAAUUCUGGAAAGAGCAGCAGUUUCACACGACAAUUUCAAAUCAGAAAUUCAUCAAUCAAGAUGUUGAGAGUUGUUGUUGUAGUGACGUUCAUAUGCUGGGCACCGAAUAAUAUUAUUUUCAUGGCAGAACAAACUGGAAUAGUUCAAUCCCUGGAUUAUGUAAUUUAUCACUGGGUCAUGUUUCUUUCGAAUUUAUUUUUCUACGCCAGCACCAUUGUUAAUCCAAUAAUUUAUAAUUUAAUGAGUUCUCGUUAUCGCGAAGCCUUCAAAGAAAUUUUUCAUGGCAAGCGAGAGAUAACUUCCACGAAGAUCAAAGUCAAGUGCACAACAAUGGAAAGCAAUGUUUAGAAGGUACUAUUUUUUAAAACUAUUUUUUUUCAAUUUUUUUAAAAACUAUUUUUUAAAACUAUUUUUUCAAAAUGAUUUUUAAAACUAUUUUUUAAAACUAUUUUUUCAAAA